UUUUGUUUUGCGGUUCGGCAAAGUUUUCUUUACAAUUUCAUUAACAAAUGAGUUGCCGGAAUGCCGAACAGUGCCAAAAAGACGGAGGCCACGAGGAGCAAUAGCUCGACGCCACGGAGGCCGCGAAAGCGGCGCCGCGGCGAUCGCCAGAGCCUGGACUCGCAGGUGGACGAGGAUGCCAAGGAGAUCGAUCGCCGGCUGCGAAAAGUGGCCAAGGACAACUCCAUCAGCACCGAGGACAUGCAGAAGGUGGUCCGGAAGGUGGUGCGCAACGAUCAUGUCCUGGCACUGGUCACUCUGAAGGCGGAGGACGAGCUGGCGCGGGAAAAGAAGCAGGAGUCGGCGGAGCAGCAGAAGCGGGGUGCCAUCAUCAUUACGGACACGCCAUCCGUGCCUAAGCUCACCCGAGCCAAGGCCCGGGAGCUGAACUGCACUCCUGGCAUCUCCCUGCCCCAGCUGAAUGAAACCCCCACCGACAAUGAAGGCAUAGAGGCUCUGAUACGGGAGGAUUUGCACUCCGAUGAGGAGGACGAGGAGUACACCUUCAAGGAGGAGGAUUUUCUAUCCGAUGAUGAUCCCAGCACCACAGCCUCGGAUUUCGACUCUAAUCCCUGUACUCCUCAAACUCCGCUCACUGCGAACGAAGAAUCUCCCGUAAAAUUCUCCGAUGACGGUUGCUUCAAGGUGCCGCUCGAGAAAAGCCUGCUGGACAAGGAGGACCUGCGUAUUGCCACCAGAACGCGCUCCAAAUUCUGUCUGCAGCAGACGACCAUUGAGGAUUUGCAGUCGGAAUUCGUACCGCCUGACGUGGAGCCCAGCGAUGUGGUGGAAAACGAUAUGACAGCUACCGAUGCGGACUGGAUGCAGUUCCUGAAUGACUUUACAAAGCCACUGAACAACACUAUUCUGGGAGACGAGGAUGAUCCCAUCAACGAUCCCGAAUAUGUGGCCGCCGAUCACUUGGAGUCGGAGUAUGAGAAUGCCGAGGAGCUGCGCGAUGUCAACAUAUCCAAAAAGGAGCUGACCGAUCUGGUCUCUGAAUUAUUUGCUGGCUUGCUGCAAGAGGGAGUCUCUUUGGAAUCGAUUGAACUGGAAACACCUCAGAAAUUCAUGGAAGGUGCCAACGUUUCGAUGGCUCCCAUUGAGCAGGUUACCCGGAAUAUCGAUUUUGACCAGCAGCAAGAUCAGCAGGUCUUUCAGCCAACUGUGAUACAACCUGCGAGCAAUAUGGGCAUGGUGAUGCCCGUUCCCGUGGCUGUGAUGCAGGAGGGAGGCGUGCAAAGUGGUCCAGGAGGAUCGCCCUGCAAGGUGGUCAACAUACCAUCCGAUGCUUUGAGUGCUCCCCCCGAACUUAUAGCUGUUCCAAUACCUGGACAACCCAAUUGCUUCCAACUGGCCAAAGUUGUAGGAAAUGACUCAACGUUGAGCAAUUAUCCAUUAACAGAAGAAUCUCUUCAGAAUUUCUCCAACGUGGAGCCAAUGCAACCACCUCUUCUAACGAAAGGCAAUGAAGAUAGAUACAAAAAACCGUUUGAUACGAACUUCACAUGGGAAUACAUCUCGGUGAAGAAACACAUUUACUCGGAGUACGAGGAUCAGUUUGAAAAUCUGCGAAAUGUGCAACCCACUAACCUCAAUCACCUUGCCAGGAGCAGGGGAUUCACCCAGUCACAGCAUGACAUGCUUCAGCAGCAGCUUCGCAUUCAUACCCAGAUGCUCAGUCAGAGUUAUUUGCAAACCUACUCGCAUCCCACGUUGUAUCCUAUGGCCAAGAAGCCCAGGGAAAUGCUCGAGGAUCUGCACAAAAAGGCAACCAAAAAUGCCAGCUUUAAUUGCUGGAAUCUAAACGAGGCUGUCCAGCUGGUUAGGCAGUGGGAACAGGAUCUGUGCAGUGAUGAGUUCAAGGAGGAGAACGAGAACAUGAUGGAGUUUAUCAACAAGGAAACUGAUUUGACUGAUGGUCACACGCGGCAGGUUCCCAGGCUGGCGCCUCGUAUCAUGGAUCUCAUGCUGGAUAGCCGAGUGUUUAUGUAUCCCCAGUACCUUCCCAGAAUGGCCUUUCAGCCCAAACUGACCCAGGUCAGUGCCUAUGCACCCUCCGAAUAUCAGCUUAUUGCCAUCGGUCUGGAGAAGCACAUGGUGGGGAGAACCAGAAGACCACUGCGCAAAGGAGCGGAUCCCAUCCGGGUGGCCUGCCGACAAAUGGCCAAGGAUACCAUCUAUGGCAAGACAGCCCGGCGGAUUUUCAUGAAGAUCUGUGAGCUUCGGGACGCGAAGCAGUAUAAUCCAGUGAAAUACUUCUUUGAACGCCAUAGAGCGCCGCCUGCGAACCACAUCCUUUGGGGUUUCGAGGGGGGACUAGUGAGAACCCCUCGAGAACGUCACCAGGAGCUUCCCAGUGGCUGGCAAUACUACAUUGAGAAAACCUGGGAGCAAAAGCGCACCCGCCGCUACUUCAAGGCCUCCAAAGCGUCCUCGGAAGCCAGUGUCUCGUACUUGGAGUUUGUGCGCGAGGCUGUCGGCGAGGACCUGCUGCUGCCGGAGAGUUUUGGCCAGGCGGCGAUCCCUGAUGGCAGUGCUGCUGGCUCGGAACAGCCCAAGGAUAGCAAACCGAGGCGAAGGCCACCGCGGAGAAGGUCCCGCCCUGCGGAGAAGCCCCCACAGCUCACCAUCAAUGUGAAUUAUGUAUUUGGCGGCGAUGCGAACGCAGGCAACCUAUCCGGGGUCUCCGUGCCCCUUCUGUCCGGCGGAAACCUGGCCGAGAAUGUGCUGAACAUCAACCGCAGCCUGUACACCAGCGCCGAGUGCGGUGGUCUCCUGGCCCUGCCGCCUGCUCCGCCCCCUUUGGCCGACGAUGCCCCGCCAGCGGUCAACUUCCGAGUAGACGAGUUCACGCACAGCCUGCAAAUCUGCGAAUUGGAGGACUCCAGCGAGGCCAGCGUACAGCAGGAUCUGUUGCCCAAGCAGGAUAGCAGCUCCUCCGUUGCAGGUAGAAGCGCCAAGAGGGCGCGCUACCAAAUCUUUAAGCCAAAGGUUCAAUCCGCCCAUAAAUCGCGAAAGGGAUCAGCGUCGUCAGCCCGCAGUCGCUACCACAAAUUGCGCGAACGUUUGCGGCAUAAACUGAGCAAGCGCUGCCACUCGCUAAUCACCACCUACCAAUCCUACCUGCUUCAGCGCAGGGAGAAAUAUAAAGACUGCGAGCCGUUGCAGCUCGUGCACACUCGUUUUCUGGCCCUCGAACUGUACACCCAACUGCUGGUCGACCUAAAGAUGUUCUGCAGCACCAGCGCCACUAAGCCAGCCACUGCAACGCAGCCCAAGAGAUCCCGAAGUGAUGACGAGGCGGCAAAGCUCAAGAGGGCCAAUCGGCAGGAGGAAAUGCUGCGCCACAUGCUGCAGCCGGACUCUCCUGAAGAACGCAAUCGCAAAGAUGCCAUUUUUGCUCUAAACUUCUAUGACAAAGUUGAGGAGGCCCUGCUAAAUGCCGAUCGCAUAGACGAUUGCAGAAAGUUCAACAGUCUACUGCAGAACUUUGAUCCCAGGCAGGAGAAAGUUUCAGCUCUUUAUCUGAAAGUAGAAGAGAUUCUGCUGCCCAGCCACCCCGAACUGGCUGAGGUGUUCCUCAACUUUCUGCUACCUGCCGAGGCCGCUGAGAUCGGCAAAUUCUUCGAGCACUUCAUGAUAAGCAACGCCACCAACUUUAUCAACAAAUUGAACAUCUACUUUUGCAAGCAGCCCGCUCAGAUCAGAAAGAUUUAUACCUGCCUCAGCGAGUUGGCCGAAUUGCCUAAUGUGAGCAUGAAGAAGGUCGAGAAUAAGAUAAUGCCCUUGCUCAAGGGCAAUCAGUUUCUGGUCGAUUGGUUUGUGCAGCAAUUUCCCCAGGGAAAGCCCCCAAAAAGAAUCCUGUCUCCUGUGGAGACCAUAAAUCUGCAUGAUGUGCAGAACAAUACGACGGGGGAAUAUACGGAAAUGAUUCAGGAAUUUGUGGAUGUACCAACGCCAAGUAAACCUGGUUGUCACUUGAAGUACAUUAAUGGUCGGAUUUUCUAUGGGGCCAAGAUCCUGCUGCCGGCCAAGCUUUCCUUUAUGGCUGCCAGUAUUUACAAUGAACAAUCUCAUGACGUGCCAGCGGUCUCGAGUGAAGCUCUGACCUGUGCCCACGGUAUUCGUGCCCAGGGAGAGAAGCUUCUUAGCUUGGCUGCCAAUACAGACAGCGACGAUGCUGCGGAUCGGAGUGAAGAGGAUGAUGCCAGUCGGGCGCUGAUUAUUGAUACAACAGGGGAUGAGCAGAACAGCUGCUCGUCCAUUGAGAUGUGCGACGAGGCGGGCCUAAGAGCGCAUGCCAUCCGCUUGAAUGCCAGUUUAUAUACAAACUCCAGCUUCAGUAACGCAGCCACCAGCACGCCAAAUGUGGGCAACUCUCAUGGCAGCCAUCACCCGCAUGCCAAGAAAACUGCCAUUAACUUUGGUGAGAUAUCACCACGCAAGCAAUCGGCGUUUAACAACUCGGGAAUGAGUCCGUUGUCGGCUACGACCAAUAGUUCUCCUCAUGUAGACAAACGAAAGUCGCCCACCAAGAAAAUCAGGUCUCCGCUAAAUCAAUCUCAGGGCAGACAACGUGCCAAUAACCAGCCAAUGGUCGUGAUCCACGAGUCACAGCCUUCAUCCUCGCCGGCCAUAGAGUGCGCCAAGCGAUUGCGCACGCUGAUUGAUCAAGAAAGCGUCCGCGAUGCGGCGGAUACAAAGGCGGGCAUAAGGAUUAUUGCGCAGGCCAAGCAGCAGUCAUCAACGCCACCAAUUCGCUGUAGUCCUGCUGCUGUUACGAAAAUUGAGGUUGAGAGCCUAGACGAUAGUGCCGAAAGCAUGCCAGUUUUCAAAAUGGACUUGGAUCAAUCGGAGGAGGAGCUGGAGCCUCUGCAAGUGAGUGCAGGCAACACACCGCAGCACGUGAUCACCACGCAGUUCGACAGCGACGAGGACUGCAAGCUGGAUGUUGUGGCCACGCUCGCCAGCUGCACUCCCACCGAAGAUCGAACAGCGGCAGCUUCUACAUCGACUGCCAACACAUCGCAAUCUGAGCCUGGUAGUUCCCCAUCGGCUCCUUGGACUCGAGAAGAGGACAAAGUAAUACUCAUCGAAAUGAAAAUGGGGGCACGCGAUCGAGAGCAACUCAUUCGACGGAUGUGCGCCAAGCUAAAGCAUCGCAGCAUAGGGGAACUACGUGGAAGGCAUCAGUUCCUCAUGGAUUUUCUAUCCAAGUUGCAGGGAAAAUAAGUUUUCUCUGAAAUAAUUUUGUGUGUAUUAUAGCUCCCGCUGAAAUAGGUUACUACUAAUAAUAACUAAGCUGUAUAUAAACAAAGACAUGAUUUAGUUUUACGAAUGGUUCAAGAAGAAAAAUUUUGUUGUUAUGGAUUCUUUGCCCUAUAUCAAACUAUAUAAAUUCUCUAUAGAAUAUCUAUUUUUUAUGUUAAACAUUUGAGUA